AGGUGUGAGCAGCAACAGCACUACACAACCCCAGUCUCAACUAUCACUAUCACUAGCCUCAUCUAGCUACGAGAGUGAUUUGCCUUGAGUGACUAGACGAUCAGCAAGAAUGGCGAGCAAGGUGGCAAGUGUGCUCUCGUGUGCGCUGCUCAUGGCAGCGACAUGCCAAGCAGCAGCAGCUGGUUACUACAACCCUCCAAGCCCUGAUGCGUGCGGGAUAAAGGUAGGCUACUACCACGACAAGUGCCCGCCCGCGGAGGCCAUCGUCAAGCACGUUGUCGGAGCCGCCGUCCAACAGAACCCCGGCAUCGGAGCCGGAAUCAUCCGCAUGCUCUUCCACGACUGCUUCGUCGAGGGGUGUGACGCCUCCGUCCUCCUGGACCCGACGCCGGCCAACCCGCAGCCGGAGAAGCUCGGCCCGCCCAACAACCCCAGCCUCCGCGGCUUCGAAGUCAUAGACGCUGCCAAGGCUGCUGUCGAGCACGCCUGCCCUGGGGUCGUCUCCUGCGCCGACAUCAUCGCCUUCGCCGCCCGCGACGCCUCCUUCUUCCUCAGCGACCGCCGUGUCAACUUCGACAUGCCAGCUGGUCGCCUCGACGGGCGCGUCUCCAACGCCUCCCGCACCCUUGACUUCCUCCCUCCGCCCACCUUCAACCUACCACAGCUUGUCGCCAACUUCGCCACCAAGGGCCUCGGCGUCGAGGACAUGGUCGUGCUCUCGGGCGCACACACCGUCGGUCGCUCCCAUUGCUCAUCCUUCGUACCUGACCGCCUCGCCGUGCCCUCCGACAUCAACCCGUCGUUCGCCAUGUCAUUGAGGGGCCAGUGUCCGGCGAGCCCGAGCUCCAACAACGACCCAACCGUAGUGCAGGACGUCGUGACGCCCGAUACGCUGGAUAACCAGUACUACAAGAACGUGCUGGCGCACAGGGUGCUCUUCACGUCGGACGCGUCGCUCCUGGCAUCACAGGCGACAGCGAAGCUGGUUUCGGACAACGCCAACAUCCCCGGUUGGUGGGAGGACAGGUUCAAGGCGGCCAUGGUGAAGAUGGCCAGCGUCGAGGUGAAAACCGGUAGCAGCGGUGAGGUCAGGAGGAACUGCCGGGUUGUCAACUAGCUCUGAUCGUCUGCAAUAAGCUCAAUUUCACACUUAUGUGCAUGCAUGGUGAUUAAUAUUUGCAUGUUGUUGCAUUACCAUUGUUUCGUUUCAUUUUAAUGAAUUUUGAUUUGUAUCAUGACUGUAAUAAUGUUAAGAAAGCCGGUAUUUGAUGUAUGCUCUGGA